AUGACUUUUCCAUCUCUAUAUGAAAUUGAAGAUGAUCAAAUUCCUAACACUGCUGGCGACGUUGAUACGCAACGUUUUCUUAGACAACCUGUAGAACAAAAUCCAUGGUUAUUUAAACGAAAUUCUCCUCUGUGCGAUUAUCGAUUACAUUUUCGACCUUUACCAUUGGCAACAACUCUUUGUUCAUAUCGAAACCAUCAUAAGGGAGACGACGUAAAUCAAAUAAAUCCAUUUAAAUAUGGUUAA